CACACGGGGAAGAAGGUGUUUUCUUGCAGCACUUGCAGGAAAGAGUUCAGUAGAAGUAGUAUAUUAAUGGAUCACAUGAAGAUCCACACUGGCGAAAGGCCGUACCUGUGCAACACCUGCGGCAAAACGUUUACUAAAUCAUCAACUCUUAAACGGCACAUAACCACACACACGGGCGAGAAGCCCUACAUCUGCAAAACAUGUGGAAAAAGUUACACAGAAAGUUCCAACCUGGUGAUUCACUCAAGGACCCACACCGGCGAAAAGCCGUUCGUGUGCAACACCUGCAGCAAAACCUUUACUAAAUCAUCAAAUCUUAAAAGCCACAUAUACACGCACACGGGUGAGAAGCCCUACAUCUGCAAAACAUGUGGAAAAAGUUACAGGCUACGUUGCCACCUGGUGGUUCACUCGAGGACCCACACCGGCGAACGGCCUUACCUGUGCAACACCUGCGGAAAAACCUUUACUGAAUCAUCAACUCUUAAACGCCACAUAACCACGCACACGGGCGAGAAGCCCUACAUCUGCAAAACAUGUGGAAAGAGUUACAAGCAACAUUCCCACCUGGUGAUUCACUCCAGGACCCACACUGGCGAAAGGCCAUACCUGUGCAACACGUGCGGAAAAACCUUUACUAAUUUACCGGUUCUUAACCGCCACAUAGCCACGCACACGGGCGAGAAGCCCUACAUCUGCAAAACAUGUGGAAAGAGUUACAAGCAACGUUCCAGCCUGGUGAUUCACUCGAGGACCCACACCGGCGAAAAGCCGUACCUGUGCAACACCUGUGGAAAAGCCUUUACUAGUUUAUCGGAUCUUAAACGCCACAUAGCCACGCACACGGGCGAGAAGCCCUACAUCUGCAAAACAUGUGGAAAAAGUUACAGGCUACGUUCCACCCUGGUGAUUCACUCAAGGAUCCACACCGGUGAAAGGCCGUACCUGUGCAACACCUGCAACAAAACCUUUACUAGAUCAUCACAUCUUAAAAGCCACAUAACCACGCACACGGGCGAGAAGCCAUAUUUGUGCAAGACGUGCAACAAAGGUUUUAGGCGCAGAAUUGAUUUGCUGAGUCACAUGAAAAAUCACCCGGAGGAGAAGUCUGGUGAUUCGUGACAAAUGAAGCUCAUGUUGUCGUCCUCCGGGGGCAGCUGUCCACUCCUGUCUGACCCACAGAAGAAGAACCCGCAGAAGUCCAACCACCACCUCCUGUGGCUUAUGAGCCUAAUCCCCUCCCCACAAGGGUUGCAGCUUCAACCCGGAUUUAUGCUUCUCCGUCAACUUGACGCAGAGG